AUGGCAGGCCUACACGCAAGGUCGGCAAUGACUGCCCCAUUCUCUUUGGCCGUGGCCUUCCGCAGCCUCUCCAUCGCCACACCAAAGCGAUCUUUCUCAACGACCCCGGCAACACAAUCGAUCCCGAAACUACCGGAAAGCGCGCCAGUCUACCCCUACGGACCCUCCAAAUGGUACAAGCAGUCUGACAGCGGUCUAUACGGAGGCGCCUCUAUCCAAUUCGGCAACAAGAUCUCUAAGGGACGCAACAAGGGCAAGACACGACGAAGCUGGAAGCCCAACGUCCGCCGAAAGAAGAUCGAGAGCGAAGCUCUAGGCGAGGAACUGUUCAUCAAAGUCACUCGUCGUGCGUUGCGAUCGAUUUACAAGGCCAAAGGCCUCGACAACUACCUGUUAUCUGAUCGGCCCACACGUCUCAAGGAGCUCGGUCCGUUUGGAUGGAACCUUCGACACCAGAUCAUGCAGUCACCGACGAUCAAGGAGAAGUUCGCAAAGCAGCGCAAGGCUUAUGGUGUUCCUGAGCCCCCGACUAUCGACCAGUACCUGCAGAUGAAAGAGGCGGAAGCGAGCACUAAGAUCGAAGAGCUGGACAUUGACGCCUUGACCAAGCCUCGCAUCAAGCGACGAACCACCCUGGCUUAUGGCAAAUAG